AAUCCACUCGGAAAAUGCGAUCGUGGUAUCAGCUCCAUUCAUUACAGUGAGACUAUACAGUCUGUGCUAACAGGAAGCUGGGAUUGCACAGUGCGCAUUUGGGACCCUCGAGCCCCCGGGCAGUCCGGUAGAUCCGUAGUCACUGCUGCUGCAGGAGUUGGGGCUGCCCAAUUGAUGGCGCAAGCGGCUUGUUCAGCCACCGGUGCACAAAGCCAACAUAUCCAACCAGCCCCUGUAUACACUUUAGACACGGUGCGUCAUAACCUUGUUGUGGGCACUGCUCAGCGUCAUGUGCUCAUCUGGGACCUUCGGCAGAUGAACCAGCCAAUUGAACAGCGCGAAUCAAAUUUGCGUUUCCAGACACGCUGCAUUCGCUGCUUCCCCAAUGGGCAGGGGUAUGUGCUCAGUUCCAUUGAAGGUGGGUCAGUUAGAGGCCACCUUUUCGGACCACACUAG